AUGGCGGAGCCCGAGGCCGCGACCGAGGAGGUGGACGCCCUCAUCGACGACCUGGACUACCUCCCCGGCCACUUCCACCUGGAGAUGCAGCUGAACUUCGAGCCGCGCUCGCCGGCCUCGCUCCACGCCCGGGACCUGAAGCUGCAGCGGGACGGCCUGCGGCAGGAGCUGGCGCUGACGGCUGCCACGCAGCGCCCCGCCGUGCGCCACCUCCUGGGCGCCUUCGCCUUCUACCUGGAGGAGCUGGAUGAGGCCCGCGAGAGCUUCCUCGAGGUGGCCCGCGAGGACCCGGGCAACCUCAACGCCUGGGCCAAUUUGGUGCACGUGUACGGGCGGCUGGGGCAGAAGGAAGAGGAGGAGGCGUGCGCCGAGCGGCUGGCCGGCCUCAUGGGCCUGGCGGGGGACCGCGGGGCCACCGGGGACCCCCCGCUCCGCGCCGCGCGCUGCCUGGCCGAGCAGGGCUACGCGCACGGCUUCGACGUGGGCUGCGCCAGCCCAGAGGAGCGGGCGCGGGUGCUGGAGGCCGGCAUCGAGCUCUAUGACAAGGCGCUGGGCCACGCGCAGCAGAUCCCGAACGAGGAAAAAAGGGGCUGGUACUUCACCAUGGCGACGCUCUUCAUCAGGUUAGAUGGCAUCUUCCUGGAGCUGGGCAGCGAGGAGCAGAAGAGGUUGCCGGCCUUCAACCGCACGCUGGCCCUGCUCCGGCAAGUCCUCAAGUCGUCGGAACCCCACCACCAAGCUCUGGCCUGGUGCUACCUCGGGAUGCUGCUGGAGAGGAAGGACACCUUCUCCAUCACCCCCAUGGGCAUCCAUGACUGCGGGUUUUCAGGGACCGACCCCCUAGACUGCUUUGGCAAGGCCAUUGAGAUUGCCAAGGACCAACCCCCAAUCCUGAAUCACCUGGCCAAAAUCUUCCACUUCCUCGGAAAGCAGGAUAUGGCCAUGGGUACCUGCAACAUGGCCCUGGACACCCUACGAGAUCCGGAGCUCAACUGGCAGGCGUACUGCACAAGGGCCAAGAUCCACGUCAGAGCCUACCUGCAUGACCUGGAGCGAAGCAAGAUGGGGCUCGGGGGCAUGCCUGACAGGAACCACCUGGCCUGCGCCAAGGCCGACCUCGAGGAGGUGGUCAAGGUGUGCCCAGGCCUCAAGACCUACCUGAACAUCGGCCAGGUCUACUACUACAUGGGAGUGGACGCUGUGCAGGAGCAGCUGGCGGUGGACGAGGCGGCGCUGAACCAGGCGCUGGUCUUCCUGGCCAAGGCCGGCGAGUCGGAGCUGGGCGCCACGCUGCCUGAGCUGCAGCUGUUGCGCGGCAAGUGCUUGCGCAUCAAAGGCGAGGAGGCCAACGCGGCGGCCUGCUUCAAGCGCGCCGUGGAGCUGGACGACGCGGGCUCCAGCCACACCGAGGGCUUCGGCUGCCUGCUCGAGGCGCUGCUGGCGCAGUGGAGCCAGGCGCAGCUCAGCGACGGCGAGCUGGGCAGCGAGGUGGACGCGUGGCUGCGCUGCGCCCAGGACAAGUACCCGGCGGCGCGCCUGCGCCAGGAGCUGCAGCGCGUGUGGCGCGGCCACACGGGCGAGGUGCUGGGGUUGGCCCGGGCCUUAGUGGCGCAGGGACGGCCGGCGCUGGUGCGGCUCCUCUUCGAGACCAUGCAGCGCGAGGGCAUGGGCUCACGGAGGGUCCGCCGCGCGUUCUCCUUCGAAGGUCCCUGA